GCCCUUUUCGCUCAGUGGACUCGGCUUGCUGCGCGCACGCCCACAGUAAGACCCGCAUGCAACCGCUGACCUCCGUUGCGGCUCGCAGACCCCGGGCACUAGUGUAAGGGCAGAGAGGAAGGAACAACAUGGCCAGCCUCGACGGCAACGCGCCUGAGUUGUUUGCCAACAUGGACGGAGGUUUGGAUGUCUUCGACCUUGGGGAUGCGGCGCUGGGAGACAGCGGUCUUGCGGGGGAUUUCGGUGAUGGAGCCCUUGGCAGUUCGGAGCCAAUCUCGACGGCUCCUACUUCAGUUACCACUACUACCGCAGCCGAGACCGUCUCCCCUAUUAGUAUUGCGGGUGGGACGCUAUCUGACGCUUCGCCGGAUGUUGCCGGACCCUCCCACCAGCAGCAGCAGCAGCAGCAGCAGCAGCAGCAGCAACAGCGGCAGCAGCAACAGCAUCCCGGCUUCUUCGAGUCGGCUACUACUCCGCAAUGGGAAUUUCAGAAUACACCACCGUAUGACUCCCCGAUCAACCCCUUCGGUACUGCGCCCCAACCGACUUGGGAACUCCCGCUCAACCUCAGCAAGCCGCCCCAACCCCAACAACAAACAUCUUCCUACCCUCAGACGUCUACCGCCGCCACAAACGACCCGAAUCCUGCCCCUUCCACCUCGGCGGGCAAUGUGCCCCUAGCCCCAGCAUUUGCGCCAAGCUUGCAACCCGCCCAGCCAGAGCAUAUUCGGAACAUUCAGGACACACUCACGCCAGCGCAGCGUGAGCGCCUCAAAUCCAUUGCCAUGCCUCCGCAUCUUCAGUAUCACUCGCCCCAGAGCAACGCUGGCAGUCCGGACUCCGCGUCCAGCGGCCAAGACAAGGCCGCCCUGUCGUCGCCCGACCCUGCCGCGCCGGCGAAACCCACCAGCAGGAAGCGCAAGUCAUCGGCUUCCGCCGACGACGACGACGAUGAAGAUGAGGUUGAGCAGCCGGUCAAGAAGACGGCGCAUAACAUGAUUGAGAAACGGUACCGGACCAACCUCAAUGAUAAGAUAGCAGCUCUGAGAGAUAGCGUUCCUUCACUACGGAUCAUGUCAAAGAGCGCACGCGGAGAAGACACGACCGAAGACAGGGAGGAGCUUCACGGCCUGACACCUGCCCACAAACUGAACAAGGCGACGGUCUUGAGCAAGGCUACCGAGUACAUCAGGCACCUGGAGAAACGGAAUAAUCGUCUCCUUGAGGAGAACAGCAACAUGCAGGCGAGGAUUGCCGCCUUUGAGAAGCUGUUCAUGGCCGGCGCCAUGAGCGGCCAACUGCCCAAUCCGCUGCAGCAACAACCCGCUCCGAUGCAAUAUCCUCAGGAUACGAGCUCCUACUUGAACACGCCCAUGGCAACACCUCGGGGCCCCGACCCCCCGGGGAUGAUCCCCAUUCCGGACGACAUGAAACGAAUCCUCGCGGCCCAGCAGAUGAACGCCGGCCGUCCAUAUCCGGUGCCCGCGCAACAGUUCGGCCAGAACCCAACGUUUAUGCGGCAGCAGCAGAUCCAACAACAGCAACAGCAAUCCCAAGCACAGUCCGGCCGCUGGAACCCUUACCUGGGGAAGCUCAUGGUGGGUUCCCUCGCCGGCUUGAUGCUGGUCGAGGCGCUCGUCGAAUCCGAGCCCUCCGGCGACAGCACCGAUUCACGCGGCCUCGGCCUUGUUCCCUCGGUCAACUACAUUACCUCGUUUGUCCGAUCUUCCCACGUCAGCGUCGGGGGUUAUUACGUCUCGGCAAUCCACUUGCUUGCCAAGUUGCGGCUCCUCUCCCUCCUGGGCUUCGUCUUCUGGCUGGCCUGCUCGUCGUUCGUAGACACGUCGGCCUUCAAGCCUUCCAACAAGACCGAGAACACCGCCGCCGUCGUCAAGGCUGUGCCAUCUCUCGCCUCGCCGAUUCAUGUCAGGAGACAGGCCUGGCUCACCGCUAUCCAAACCGUUUGGGUACCUAGGCAUAACAUCUUCCUCGAAGCUGCCGCCCUGCUUCUCAAGACGUGGAAGUACACUUUGAGGAACCUCGUCGGCUCCCACAGCUACCUCUCGCUCGCCGGCCUGAGUGAGGAGCAAGAGGCCGCCCGGAUCAAGGCUUGGUCGAUCGCUCUGGACGCUCAGCUCGCAGGCGGCGAUGUCGAGAUCAACAAGAGCCGUCUUACGCUAACCCUGAUCGCAUCGGGCACACUCCCCGACACACCCCUCCGGCUGAUGCUAAAGGCGUUGCAUAUCCGGGUCCUGCUUUGGCAGCUCAACGGCGCCCGCUGGGCGGCCAACGUGAUUGCCGCGAAGCUUGCCAGGGACAGGUGGAACGAAGCAAGACAGCUGAACCGCAUCCUCAACUCGCUUCCAGAGGGCGAUGCUUCCGCUGAUGACGCCCUUCCCGAGUACCUGGCCACCCUGAUUGAGCAGGAUUGCGACGAGGUCCUCACCGAUGCCAUCAUCCAGCGUGUGCACAACCUCGCUUGGAAUCGGCACACCACUCAUAACGUUGUCGGGAAGAUCGACGGCAUGGACACCGUCGUCGAAGACGCCGCCGUGCGCUCGCCCAUGGACGCCGUUGCGGCCUGGUAUUCCUGCCUGAUACUCCAUCGCGUCCUUCUAGCCAGCCUUCGCCAGCCCCGCGACGACCUCGCCGCCGCCCACCGUCCCGAAGACGCCAUCGCUCUGGCGGCCAAGAUCGCCCCCAUCGGUUCCAACGCCCAGGUCCGCGCCCUCGUCGCCCGCGCCGUGUUUGCCGAGGGCGCACGCGGCUCGCACAUCGUCGCCGCCCUCCAGGCGCUGGGCCCCUCCGUCAAUCCGGAUAAACACCAGGAUUACCGUCGCGGCGUCCCGCCGCUGAUCGACUCCCCCAUGACCUCGAUCAUGCCGGAUCCCGACGCGCAGAUGGCACUGCGCUGCGCCAUGGGCAUCGCCCAGCUUCAGAAAUUUGAGAACCCGCCCACGGCAGCGUAUCCCAUCAUCUCUUCGGUACUGCCGGCCGGCACCGACAUCGAGAAGGUCUCGCUACUGGGCUAUGCCGCGGCGUUCCGACUUAUGGAAACUCUCAAUCGACACGCCGUGGCGAGGGAGACGUCCGCUCGGUCCCUGGAGAGGUUGGCCGGCAGUCUUCGAAUCUGGAUGGGCUGCGAGCGGGCCGCGGGAGAGAAGCUCGGGGUGGAUGCCGCCAUGCGUAGCGCCAUGAUCAAGCGCUGUCUGGCGGUCACCAAGAGCGUGGUAGGCAUGGAGGCUGAGGCCGACCCGGGCUAUUGGAGUAUGGAUGAUUGUGCGGGUGCCGACGGGGAGGGGGAGGAUGGAUGUUGACUUGACAUGACUCCUAUGGACGGCGUGUUUCACCCAUCUUUGGGGGGAGGGUGACUCAUGCCUCUCCUCCUUCUUUUUCUUUGGUUUUCUUUG